AUGGCACCCGAUGAAGUCUUGCUCCAUGGCUGGACCGCUGUCCCAGUGGAUGCCGGCCAGCUCUUCGACGGCAAGACUUAUAAGAAUACGCCAACUCCGCUCAAGGUGGAUUGCAUCGAGUUUCCCUCUGAUGAUCCUAUUGUGGUCAAGGCCCAAGGGUAUGCCAAGGACAAGCUGCCUCCCGAAACAUUUAACCACUCCAUGAGGGUGUACUACUAUGCAACUGCCAUUAUCCGGCAACAGUUUCCCGAGCAUGUCAAGAGCUUCUCCCCAUCGACUCUCGCCCUGACGGCCCUCCUCCACGACAUUGGCACCGCCGAAGAGAACAUGUCGGCAACCCGCAUGUCGUUUGAGUUCUAUGGCGGCUUCAAAGCCCGCGGGGUCUUGCAAGACUUUGGAUCUACACAGGACCAAGCCGAUGCCGUCUGCGAAGCCAUCAUCCGCCACCAAGACCUGGGCACCGACGGCAACAUUACCUUUUUGGGACAGGUGAUUCAGUUGGCCACCAUCUAUGACAAUGUCAGCGACCACCCUCACUUGCCCGACAUCAAGGAGCUUGUGCAUGCUGUCACCAGGGAGGAAGUCAUUGAUGCAUUUCCGCGAAAGGGAUGGCUUGGCUGCUUUGCCAAGACGGUGCAGAAGGAGGUUGGUCUCAAGCCGUGGAGCCACACCACCCACAUUCCGGAUUUUGAUGACAAGAUUCUGGGGAACGCGUUGAUGAAGCCGUACGAGUAA